AUGCCCACUCUCAACGCCUCUCUUCGAGUAGCCAGCCUCGUCGAAGCAUCCGGUGUAAUAUACAUUGCGAAGCUUGCAAAUGUCUCAUUAGCCAUCAUCGGGUUGCUCUUCGUACUCGAACCUCCGAACUUACUAAACAGCAACUGCACCAGUAUUGCUGAAGAUUCCAGCAUGUCAUAUGUUGAGAACCUUUCCAAAGCCUCUGUAGCCAUCAUAGAUCUCCUCGAGGUAUUCAUACCGUCCUGUGCUGUACGAUUGUUGUGGCUUAACUCCGCGCUGUCAAAGGACAAAUACAUGAAGGAAAUCUGUGAGAGCCUGGAAAAUACCUUGUCGUUAUCAACAAGCUUGUCAGUAUGCGUGGAGAGCGAGGAGCGACGUAUUGCAAGGACAUCUGCGUGGUAUGCCAAGGGUUUUGCGUGCGGUAUUUACUCUAUAGUUAAUGAUCAAAUGAUUAAGGAAGCGGGUCGAUGGCAUAGAGAUCUACUUCACCUAACGGGCGAUGUUACAUACGCGGUCCUUGGUCUUUACUAA